GAAACAGGCGGAUAUGGUGGCAGGGACUGACGGGAAAGGUGUGCUCUGACGCCUCCAGCAGCAGCUGAACAGACAGAACCAUUCCAGAACCAGGACUUCUUAUCCUAACGCAGUUUGGAGAGUGUUUUAGGGUGGAGAACAAACCAGUGCCUCCCAGCAGAAUGAGCCAGUGGAAGCAGAUUCAGCAGCUGGAGAUGAGGCUCCUGGAGCAGGUGGACUACCUGUACGAUGAUAACUUCCCCAUGGACAUCCGACAGGGCCUGGCUGGCUGGAUCGAGUCUCAGGACUGGGAUUCAGCUGUCAACGAUGAGUCAAUGGCUUCGGUCAUGUUCACCAACCUGCAGACCCAGCUAGAGAAGGUCCGCUUGCAGGAGCAGAAUUUCCUGCAAAGACACAACAUGAAAAUUAUUCAGCAGCAGCUACAGCGGAAAUACACGACCAAUCCUACAGCCAUGGCCAGAGUUAUCUCCACGUGCCUCAGGGAGGAACGGCGGAUCCUGUCCAGUACCUGCACACAGGAACAGGGUGCACUGGAGCAGUCGUUGCAGAACUCUGUAGCGUUUGAAAGACAGAAGAACAUGGACAACAGAGUGGGGAUCAUCAGAAACAGUGUCCAGUUGAUGGAGCAAGCUGUGAAGAACAUUGAGGACAUGCAAGACGAUUUUGAUUUCUGCUACAAGACAUUACAAUCACGAGAAUCGGCAGAUAGGACCUCUGACAUGAUAAAACAGGGAAUAACAAGACUACAGGAAAUGCUCAACAGGCUUGACUUUAAAAGAAAGGAGAUAUUGUCAAAAAUGGAUGUGGUAAUCAAAGAAAUUGAUGACCUGAUUACCUCUCAGCUCAGACCUGAGCUGCAGGACUGGAAACGCAGGCAGCAGAUCGCUGCCAUCGGUGGUCCGAUGCUUACUGGGCUGGAGCAGCUACAAAGUUGGUUCACUCUGACAGCACAGAGCCUCUUCCAGAUCAAACGACAACUGGACAAACUGGGGGAACUGGUUGUGAAGGUUACAUAUGAGAGUGACCCAAUACCGCUACAAAAACCUCAGAUGGAGGAGCGGGUUAAAUACCUCAUCUACCAUCUCAUCAAGAGCUCCUUUGUGGUGGAGAAGCAGCCGUGCAUGCCCACACAUCCACAGAAACCCCUCAUCAUCAAGACUGGAGUACAGUUUACCACAAAAGUCAGACUUUUGGUCAAACUUCCUGAAGUGGAUUAUCAGCUAAAAGUGAAAACAACAUUUGAUAAGGACCUCCCCCCUGGCAGAGUAAGUCGACAGUUUUUCAUCCUCACCAACAACACUAAAGUGAUGGACAUCGAAGAUUAUUCCAACGGCUGCCUCUCUGUUGAGUUUAGACACUUGCAGCUGAAAGAGAAGAAAUACACCAAUGGCACCAAGGGGAAUGAGGGUCUGCUCUCUGUGACAGAAGAACUUCACUCGCUCAGCUUUGAGGCCUGCUUCACGGUGCAGGGCCUCACCAUCGAUCUGGAGACCUGUUCCCUGCCAUUGGUGGUGAUCUCCAACGUGAGCCAGCUGCCAGGCGGCUGGGCCUCGGUCAUGUGGUAUAACCUCCUGACUGAUGAGCCGAGGAACUUGGGAUUUUUCGGUAGCCCACCCCGGGCCAACUGGAGCCAGCUCUCGGAGGUCCUCAGCUGGCAGUUCUCCACCUUCGCUGGUCGAGGCCUCAACAAAGAGCAGCUCGAUAUGCUGGGAGAAAAGCUGCUGGGCCAGCAUGCCUCAUGUGGUGACUAUCAAGUGUCCUGGUCCAAGUUUGCUAAGGAGAAUAUUCCUGGAAAGCCGUUCAGUUUCUGGAUGUGGCUGGACUCUAUCCUGGAACUUAUCAAGAAGCACCUGCUACCAGUCUGGAAUGAGAACUACAUCAUGGGCUUUGUGAGUAAAGAGAUGGAGCGCGCUCUGCUGAAGGACCGGGAGCCGGGUACCUUCCUGUUACGCUUCAGUGAGAGUCACCUGGGAGGAAUCACCUUCACCUGGGUGGAGCACAGUGACAAUGGAGAUGUAAAGUUCAACUCUGUGGAGCCAUACACUAAAAAUCGCCUGAGUGCUCUGCCAUUUGCUGACAUCAUACGAGACUACAAGGUGAUUUCAAAUGGGGGCGUUCCCGAAAACCCGCUCAAAUUCCUGUAUCCCGACAUCCCCAAAGACGAGGCCUUCGGACGACUCUACAACAGUCAGCCUAGCAAAGUGCAUCCCUACAUCCCAUCAACCCUGAUCCCCAUCUCAGAACUGCGGUCUGAAGCCAGCUCCACGCCUCGCUCCUGUCCGUCUCCAGAGCCCCCGAUGACUCCCGGGGAGUUUGAUAUGCUCAGUGAGCACCUGUGCUUUGACGUCGACACCAUGAGCUCUCCAUACUCAGAGUGAAGUGAGAUGAACACUUAAAACCAGGAUGUUUCCACACGUACUGUCUCUUCAUAUAUAUUAAUUUUUAAUGUUUUUUCAAUUUAAAAGAAAAUAAAAACUGUUUAAUUGAUUUAUUUAAAGUUGUUGCUGUUUGAGCUCCAAGCUCUUCUUCAGAUUACUGAAUUUCUCUGUAAAAAGUCGUUUUUUAUUAAAUAAAUUCACUCAUUUCUGGAA